CGAGAUUGUUGUGUUGCCGAAAUCCUGGCUUCGAACAGUGGACGUACGUGCCGCUCGGUUCCCGGGGACGUUUGAUGCAGCUUCCGAGGGCGGGGGCGAGUCCACGCGGUAUAGUCAUUGCUGGAGCUCAUCGCGGUCGGCUAGGAAACUUCAGUAAUUUUAACUCUAUGGGCCUCAGUUAGGAAGGUGGAUGCGCCCCCAUUUCACUCUUGUGUGGCCCGAGACGGGACUUGGGAGAAAGCGGGCUGGGGUCACGGAUUAACCCCAGAACUGACUCCUGGUACCAGGGUGAGGGCCAGGGUGUCUUGCGGCGUGGGGGAGACCAAGUCACGCAUGCGGGAGUCGCGGCAGUAGGAUCUCGCUUUGGGGAGCUCUGUUUCCUACCCCCUUUCCGCUCCAGGAGCUGCUUCUCAGUAAUUUCUGCUCAGCCAUGUCGCCGGCUCCAGCUGCAGCCCAGGCUCCUGCGUCGGUCUCCCUGUUUGACCUCAGCGUGGAUGCUCCGGUCCUUCAGGGCCUCCGCCUAGUGAGCCACGCUCCCGGGGAGGCUCUGGCCCAGGCUCUGCAGACUUCCUGUCCAGGUUCAGGGGAGAGAGCAAGCCCAGAAAGAAAAUCACUCCAGGGUCCUCCAGAUAUUUCAGAGAAGUUACUUUGUUCAACCUGUGACCAGACCUUCCAGAACCACCAGGAACAGAGGGAACAUUAUAAGCUUGAUUGGCAUCGGUUUAACCUAAAGCAGCGUCUCAAGGACAAGCCUCUCCUGUCUGCCGUGGACUUUGAAAAGCAGAGCUCCACAGGAGAUCUUUCCAGCAUCUCAGGAUCAGAAGACUCAGACUCAGCCAAUGAGGAGGACUUGCAGAUACUGGAUGAGGAGAGGCCUGACUUGGAGAAGCCUAACAGACCCCGAGGCUUCCACCCACAUCGGGUUCUUUUCCAAAAUGCGCAGGGCCAGUUUCUUUAUGCCUAUCGCUGUGUCCUAGGUCCUCGCCAGGCAAGUGUCAGCACAGGUUGUGCAGUGCCCCCAGAAGAACCAGAACUGCUGCUACAGAACCUGCCAAGUGGAGGUCCCAGAUCCUGCGUGGUGCUCAUGGCUGCAGCUGGGCACUUUGCUGGUGCCAUUUUCCAAGGAAGAGAAGUGGUGACACACAAAACCUUUCACCGCUACACAGUGCGGGCCAAGCGGGGCACAGCCCAGGGGCUUCGGGAUGCCCGGGGUGGGGCUUCUCGCUCUGCUGGAGCCAACCUGAGGCGCUACAAUGAAGCCACACUGUAUAAGGAUGUUCGUGACCUGCUGGCAGGGCCAGACUGGGCUAAGGCACUGGGGGAGGCUGGGACAAUACUGCUGCGUGCCCCUCGCUCUGGCCGGUCCUUGUUCUUCGGAGGCCACGGGGCACCCCUGGAACGGGGGGAUCCCCGACUUUGGGAUAUCCCCCUCGCUACCCGCAGACCCACCUUCCGAGAGCUACAGCGUGUGCUCCAUAAGCUGACUACCCUGCAUAUUUAUGGAGAAGACCCCCGGGAGACAGUCAGGUUGGACUUAGCUCAGACACACUGGAAGACAAUGAGAGAGAGGAAGAAGGCUGUUGAGGAAGAAAGAAGGGUCCCCAGCGAUGAAAAUGAGGCAGCUGGGCAGAACGAGGACGCUCCCAAACAGGGUUCAGAGUCAGAGGAAGAGGACAGCUUCCAGGUACAGUUGGAGCUAGUUGAGUUGACACUUGGGACCCUGGAUCUUCGUGAGUUUGAGGUAUUGCCCAAGCAGAGGAGGAGAAAAAGGAACAAGAGGGAGAAAAGCCGAGACCUGGAGGCUGGGGCACAUAUGACUCUUCUCCAGCAAGCUCAAGAAGAUGAGGCCUUCUCACAGUCGGCCCAGGCACCUGCAGCCCCUUUGGGGCCUGCCCCAGAUGAGGCCAAGGCCCCUGGUCAGCCAGAGCUCUGGGAUGUACUUCUAGCUGCUUGCCGAGCUGGAGACGUUGGGAUGCUGAAGCUCCAGCUAGCAGCCAGCCCCGUAGACCCUGGAGUUCUGUCUCUGCUCAGCGCCCCCUUGGGCUCCAGUGGCUUCACCCUCCUGCACGCAGCAGCUGCAGCUGGGAGAGGCUCAGUGGUUCGCCUGCUGCUGGAGGCAGGUGCCGACCCCACUGUGCUGGACUCCCGGGCCCGGCCACCGUAUACAGUUGCAGCUGACAGAUCAACACGCAAUGAGUUCCGAAGGUUCAUGGAGAAGAAUCCAGAUGCUUAUGAUUACAACAAGGCUCAGGUGCCAGGGCCACUGACACCAGACAUGGAGGCGCGGCAGGCUCUGCGGAAAAGGGCGCAGAAGGCAGCCCGGCGGCAGCGGGAAGAACAGCAGCGGAGGCAGCGGGAGCAGGAGAUGCGGGAGCAAGAAGAGCAGCGGCGCUUUGCCGCCCUCAGCGACCGCGAGAAGAGAGCUCUGGCUGCAGAGCGCCGCCUCGCUGCCCAGUCGGGAGCCCCUGCCCCUCAGCUCCCCGACCCUGCCGUCGUCAAUGUUCGACGCUGCUGGAGUUGUGGGACAUCCCUCCAAGGCCUCAUUCCCUUUCACUACCUCGACUUCUCUUUCUGCUCCACACGCUGCCUCCAGCAUCACCGCCGUCAGGCUGGGAAGCCCUCUUCCUGAUCUCUUACAGCUCCGACUGGGGCCAGCUCUAGGCCCUGCGAGGGCACCUUCACACUAGCCCUAGGUUUCUUCCUUCCCUCGAAACCGGAGAGUAUUUGGAAGAUUAGGGUGAGGGGGAUUCGGGAACCAGGGCAAAGACAGGGCCACAGAGGUGUGUGGAGGUGGGACCAUCUCUGGAACUUUAAUCACAAUAAAGUUUGGCAUGGAAACUGCCCUUGAACUUA